AUGAAGUUCUUCAUCUUUACCUGCCUGGUGGCUGUUGCUCUGGCAAGCCAUGCGAUAAAGGAGCAAUCCUCCAGUGAGAAGUAUAAGCAAGGCAGUAAUGUGUUUUUCCAAACAACUCAGGAUUCUGCUAGCAGUUCAUCCAGUGAGGAAUCUGCUGAUGAUAUCAGUGAAAAAAUUGUGCAGUCUAGAGCACAGAAGGUCAACCUAAGCCGGCAGAAAAAAAUCAAGCCCCAGGGCAUUUCCAUCCCUCAGUGCUGCACACCUUUUCAGCAGCAACAGGCCGGGAUCCAGUGGGACCAGAGUAAGACCAUCCGUAAUAUUCCCAUCCAGGAAUCCCCCAUCACUUCUGUGGAGGAAAUCCUGAAGAAGAUUAUUGAUAUGGUCAAGUUCAGCCAGCUUCAGCAGGUCACCAUCCCCCAAUUCCCUCAGGCUGUUCAUACACAGAUACCUGUGAACUACUGGAAUCCCAAUGAGUACCCCACCGCCCCAUAUGCUCGCUAUGUGAGAUACUUCUAA